AUGCAGAUGUUCGGGAUGGCGGAGAAGGAGAUGGAACUUGUGGUGAUGAAGAGCAAGGCCGAGAAGGACUCCAACAAGCCCAAGCGCCCUCUGAGCGCCGUCUUAGUCCUCAUGGACAGCUUCAGGAAGGACUCCAACAUCAAGCAUGUCUCCAUGGUUGGCAAGGGCGGUGGAGAAGGCUCCCUAAUUGCCAAGGCCAAGUACACCAAGAAGAUCGACACCUACAAUAACCCACUGGCAGGAGAGGCGUCCGACGACUCUGACAAUUCCCAGUCUGAGGUGAGCGGCGCAAAGCAGCAGGAGGGGGAGGGGGUCUCUGAAAUGUCGCCACUUUCGCUCAUUGCUAGUGUCACCGAUUGA